UAUGCUUACAAAGUUUUGGAUCUUCUUCCAUAUGUUGGCACCUUUUUCUCAUGUCUCAGAGCAGUAUGGUUUGGUUACAAAGGGAAUAGCAAAGAAGCUGCAAUAUCAGCUAUGAAUGCUUUUCAAGGGUCAGUUUGUGAUGCUUUCUUGAUAGCAGGUCUAAAAGAACCCCUUCAAAUAUCUGUAAUCCAUAAAAUUGCAGAUGAAGUGUCUGACAUUAUAAUAAAUAAGGCCUUUGAUGUAGAACAAAAUAUAAAACGAGCUAUAGAUGCCGCAGAAUAUCUUUAUAAAUAUAAAAAGUAUGAGGACACUUGGAAUAUUUAUUCAGAAUUAGCCAAGACAGAUAAUAUUAAAUUAGAUGUAUUAAAACGAAUAGCAAAUUAUUAUAACAAUGAAUAUGUCAAAAAGGAUGAAAGACUUAUCUUUGAAAUUGCAUUAAAAUUAUACAGGUAUAAUGAUGUUAGAAAAAAUAAGAACAAGGCUAUUGAACUUAUUAUAAAAGAUAUAACACAAAGUUGA